AUGGAGAACCUCCCACGUCGUAGAAGUAAAAGACCCGCCACGGUUGCUGCACGCUCGAUCAUAGAGCGCUCUUCGGAUAACGAGGAGUCUACGUCAGAUCCGAUAGACAGCAGUCCAGCUGAGAACAUAAUUAAGGCGGUUGAAUACGCACCUAGUAAAACUACUAUCAUUGAUACCAUUACCACCGACGACGAUGUUUCUAGAUGUGUUGGAUAUAAAGCAAACAUUUAUGACACUAGUCUUGUAGUAUGUACCUGGAAUGGAUGUAAUCGCUAUUUUACGAUAUGGAAUAAGUUCGUUUACCAUCGCACAAGAGAGCAUAAUACUACGGAUCUUGCUAAAGAUAUUUGGGUAUUCGGUAAUAUUAAAAAAGGCGAGAGCAGCAAUUCAGCGUCUGGAGAAACUAGCGGGAGCGGAAAGGACGGGUUAACUGGAAAGGGAGCAACGGUAUCAUCCGAGGAUAGAGAGAGUGGUACAAUGGGCAAUGGAGGAAAGUUGGAGGAGGCUGCACCUAAAACGAAAAAAGUGAGACAGAAUACAGGACCACAGCCAGAAGUGAAUUCACAAAAUGACGCUGCAAGUGGACUUUCUCAGUCUCAGGCGAAUAAACUUGCAGCUUCUUCUGCAUCUUCCAAUUCCCAUCCGGUCUAUAGCCUUGCAUAUGAUACAGCAGAGCCACGAUAUUAUACAACUCUGAUGAUCCCACCGUAUGGAAUAGGCCCGUACGGUGAGAUACAUCCGCCGCCUCCGAGAUAUGAUGGAUAUGGCGAGAUGGCGUAUUCGGGUUUUUAUAAUGGUCCAGGAGCGGGCAAUGGGCAUAGGAGAUUUAUGGGUAGUAUGGGAAGUAUGGGAAAUCAACAACCGCCCAGGAGAGGGAGGUAG